UAUCGACUGUGGGAGUCAAUAUUAGGAACGAUGACAUAUGUGGCGAGUUCCUUUUUAACGUUUACUUGCAGUGCAGACGAAAUCAAAAAACUAUGUUAUAAAAGAUAUUUAAGUCUGCAGAACAUGUGCAGAGGCCAUAGAUAACCGAACAAAAACUUGUUUUGUGACCUGCAUAUAUCAGCACAAAUCGAUAUCUGUCAAACAAUGCAGAGUGUUAUAGCAAUAUGCAUGAUUGCAAUUGUGACAGGCUUCAAUAUUCAAAAUGCCGUAGAAGUCAGGACUCCUUCGGGCUGGGUGAGGGGAUAUGAAGAAAACUAUAAGAAUGGACAACUACACAGAUUCAUCAAAAUUCCAUACGCUGAGUCUCCAAUAGGAGAAUUGCGUUUUAGGAAAACAAGUCCAGUCAGAGAAUGGGUAGACGUAAAAGGAAUAAAAGAUGUCAACGCCCCUCAGUGUCCUCAGGUACAAUAUCCAAUUCCGGGCUUUGAUACUUUAGAAAACGACGAAGAUUGUCUGUAUCUCAAUGUCUAUGUGCCUGGAAAAAUUUCAAAAGACAAUCAAUUAUCUGUAAUGGUUUGGAUUCAUGGCGGUGGAUUUAUGUUUGGCGGAGCAAGUCAAUAUAAACCUCAAAAGAUUGUUCUUAGGGGUGAUGUCAUUGUUGUAACCAUUAACUAUAGGUUAGGUCUUUUAGGGUUUUUGAACUUACAUGACCCUUUGGCGCCUGGGAAUUAUGGUCUUUGGGAUCAAAUCGAAGCACUACGAUGGAUUCAAAAUAAUAUUGCAGCUUUUGGAGGAAAUCCUCAAUCUGUAACUAUAUUUGGACAAUCAGCAGGUGGAAUAAGUGCAAGUAUCCAAGCACUUAUUCCAUCUAACGAAGGAUUGUUUCAAAGAGCUAUUUCUCAAAGUGGGGUUGCUUCAUUUUUCUCCUUUCCAAAACGAAAAGCAGAGGAACGAACAAAUGCAAUACUAUUUAACAAAACGAAAUGCAACAGAGAAAACACUGAAGAAACGCUGAAAUGUCUGCGUGAACUACCGGUAGAUAAUAUAACAGAAGCCAUUGGUAUGACCGAGUUUUCUAAACCUUUAAACGUUAGCUUCGAGAUUGGGAGUUUUGUUCCAUCCGUUGAUGGUGAGUUGGUUAAAGAAAAUUUGGCGUAUCCAAAGUCUUGGGACAAUGAAAUCUACAAUUUCUUCCGAAGCAUUGACUUUAUGUCGGGAACUUUGGAUGGCGAGGGAGGAUCUGCGUAUUCCAUGUUUCCUUCAGAGCUUUUAGAAAAAAUGCAUGUCAAUGUGACCGAGUCCGUCCCAAAAACCGUUUUAUGCGAAGUUCUUGCACCAGUGUUUGUUGAAACAGUUGCCGGAAACAAGCCGUCUCUGACUCAAGAAAUUUGUGAUUUUUACACCACUGAAGAUAUUGAUGAGCAAAGCAACAAAGUAUUUGAGUUUCUUGGAGACGCAUGGGUCAUUGCUCCAAGCAAUUUCUUGCUAUCGAUACACGCGAAAAAUAAUAACAAGGUCAAAUCUUUCCAGUAUCUUGUAACUAAACCUACUCCCUUCCCUCUCGUUCCUAUGGACCCUCCGGCGUGGCUAAAAGGGGCGGGGCAUGGAGAUGAAUUACAUCUUUUGUUUGAAAUGUCACAUGAUGGUAUAUCAGAGGAGAAACUUAAAAAUGUAGAUCUUGCUGCCGUGGACAAAUUGUCGAACGACGUCAUUUACUACUGGACCAAUUUCGCAAAGUUUGGGAAUCCGAAUUCCGAUGAAGUUCCUGUUUGGCCAUCAUACGGUUCUACAGAGGAGCAAUUUGUCAUAUUAGAUAUCCCUAUCACAACAGGAAAGCACCUUAAAUCUGGAGCCACGAAGCUGAUACAUAAAAUUAUGGACGAAGGCAAUUCUGCUUUGGCUCACGAUGAAUUGUAACAGAAUUUAGACUUUCAUUUUUUCUUCAGUUUUUAUUCGUCGUUGUCGUAUUGUCGGUGUUUUGUUUGUCAUAACAAUAAACACGUAGAACUUUAUAAAACUAGCCAAAUCAAUGGGGUCUUGUAUUACACUAUGUCUCAAUGCUUGUAUUAUCACUGUGAAUGACAAUUUGUAAAAAAAAAAGAGAGAGAGAGAGAGAGAGAGAGAGAGAGUAUUGUUUCAUGACCUAUUUAGUGUUUGCUCUAAUCGUUUUUCUCUAUCGCAUUAAUAUCCAUUUGUUUUCUGGGUCGAUCAAAUGAUAUAUCUCUUUUAUUGUUGUUUCUAAAAGCUGUUAAUUGAAAAUUGUAUGUCAUUGUGAACAGUGAAUAUUUAUUAGUUACACCAUGUAAUAAAAUGUUCAGCGACUUCUGACCGGAAGAAAGUAUGUAAUAUUUUUUAAGCAGUAUAAUUUUUAGAUGUAUUGUGAAACUUGGGAUAACUCUGACCCACUUGUAGAUUUGUACAAGUAUCAUCAUUAAAUUAAAUUGUAUAUUAUAAAAUAUAAAAAAUCAACCUUUUUGUAAAAAAAAAAAUAGUUAUGGAAAAGUACAUGUACAUGAAA